AUGACGAAAUUGAGACUGGUCAUAACUAACAAAGAAAAAAAAAGGUGUUAUAUCUAUCUUCUUUUUAUAAACGAGGCGAUUUGGCUCUGCGGAUUGGCUUGUUCUACACGGCUGCUUCCCUGUCGGGCGCAUUUGGAGACAUUUGUCUGUGGAGUGUUGAGUUUCUUCGCCCUUCCAAAUAGCUUGCAAUCUGCAUCUUUCUUGACCGCGGAGGAAAAGGAAUUUGGGGGGAAAAGGCUGGUGCUUGAUAAUCCCGGAUCACGGGAAGGAUCCUUGGCGUCUGAGGCAGAAUCGUUCAAAUGGUCCGAAGUGCGCCGAGGUAUCUUGGAUCUACAAGUGUGGCUCUCUGCCUCGGCAUACUUUGCCAUUCUCUCUGGGUUAUACUCCUUUGGCUUGUUUCUGCCAACGAUUAUCAAAAGCCUUGGUUUCGCCAAAGAUGCCAACGAGGUUCAGUUGUGGUCUGUGAUACCUUAUGCUGUCGCAGCCGUACUUACAGGUUUGUCUAUCUUUGAAAAGUCUCAUAAAAUACUUACCCGUCUUUUAGUCGUCGUUGCCAUCGUCUCUGAUCGUCUCCGUCUGCGAGGUGUGGUGAUGCUCUUCACUCUCCCAAUCGCUAUCAUUGGAUAUGCAGCCAUCGCUAAUAUUGACUCCCCUCGGGUUCAAUACGGCAUGACCUUUCUCAUGGCAACCGGCCAAUACGCCAGUGUGCCGUGCAUCUUGGUGUGGUUGUCGAACAACUCCGCGGGACAUUAUAAAAGAGCCACUACGUCAGCGCUGCAGCUGGCAAUUGCAAAUGCUGGGGGGUUUCUUUCGACUUUCAACUAUCCAUCUCGAGAUGGGCCCCUCUUCCACCGUGGACAUACCAUUGUCCUUGGGUUGCUGGUGUUUGCAUGGUUUAUGAUUCUACUUAAUGUGCUCUACUGCGCAAAGAUCAAUCGAGACAAAAGGAAGGGUAAGUAUGAUCAAUACGCAGGGUAUAAUGAUGACCGUAACCCGGAGUUUAUGAUGGUUCUAUGA